CUCCUUCUUGUCGUUACCAGUCACUAUUUAAACCUCCCAUUCUACAUGUUUUUCCAGUAUACAGAAAGAUAUUUGGAAUAUAGAAAGGGGCGGAAUUGUAUGCAUAGAGAAAAGAGAGGAGGAGGCCCAUCUCUGAUUUUGAGCUUUUUCAUCUCGGGAAUUUGAAAUCCGAGUUUCUUUUCCUGAAUUUUUAGGAAAGGUUUCUGGGUUUUGGUGGGUUUUGCAGGAGGGUUCUUGGUUUCGUGUUGCAAUGGCGACGGCUGAAAUUUAUAAAGCCGCUGGUAGUUUAAGGAGGAAUGGUUCUAUGUGGAGGAGCUCUGGUGCGGAUGUUUUCUCCCGGUCUUCAAGGGAUGAGGAUGAUGAGGAAGCUUUGAAAUGGGCCGCCCUCGAGAAACUUCCCACCUACAAUCGGUUGAGGAAAGGUUUGCUGAUGGGAUCACAGGGUGCGGCAAGUGAAGUUGAUGUAGACAACCUUGGGUUUCAGGAAAAGCAGAGUUUAAUGGAGCGGUUGGUAAAAAUUGCAGAAGAGGACAAUGAGAAGUUCCUGUUGAGGCUCAGGAAUCGUAUCGAGAGAGUUGGGAUUACUAUUCCUGAAAUUGAAGUUAGAUUUGAGCAUCUUACCAUCGAUGCAGAAGCUUUUAUAGGAAGCAGAGCCUUGCCUUCAUUCCAUAAUUUUAUGUUCAAUAAAAUUGAGGAUGCCUUGACCGGUCUUCGGAUUCUUCGGAGUAGAAGGAGGAAAUUCACUAUUCUUCAUGAUGUUAGUGGAAUCAUCAAACCUCAAAGAAUGACUUUACUUUUGGGUCCUCCAAGUUCUGGAAAGACCACUCUCUUACUGGCUAUGUCCGGAAAGCUUGAUCCCACUCUUAAGGUUACGGGAAGGGUGACAUACAACGGUCAUGGCAUGGAUGAGUUUGUACCCCAGAGAACUGCCGCCUAUAUCAGCCAACAUGAUACCCAUAUCGGAGAAAUGACUGUACGGGAAACCUUGGCCUUCUCUGCAAGAUGCCAGGGUGUUGGAGAUCGAUAUGACAUGUUAGCAGAGCUCUCAAGAAGAGAGAAAGCAGCAAAUAUUAAGCCUGAUCCUGAUCUUGAUGUCUUCAUGAAGGCAGCGGCAACUGAAGGCCAGAAGGAAAAUGUGGUCACUGAUUAUACACUGAAGAUUCUGGGACUAGACAUCUGUGCAGAUACCAUGGUAGGAGAUGAAAUGAUAAGGGGUAUCUCUGGAGGACAACGGAAGCGUGUCACAACAGGUGAGAUGCUGGUCGGACCAUCAAAGGCACUGUUUAUGGAUGAGAUCUCUACUGGCUUGGACAGUUCAACAACUUUUCAAAUUGUGAAUUGUCUCAAGCAAACCAUCCACAUUCUCAAUGGGACUGCUGUCAUAUCUCUCCUUCAGCCAGCACCUGAGACUUACAAUCUUUUUGAUGACAUCAUUCUCCUCUCUGAUGGUCAUAUCGUUUAUCAAGGUCCUCGUGAAGACGUGCUUGAAUUUUUUGAAUCCAUGGGCUUCAGAUGUCCUGAAAGGAAGGGUGUGGCAGACUUCCUACAAGAAGUAACAUCUAAGAAAGAUCAGCAGCAGUAUUGGGCACGUAAAGAAGAGCCUUACAGGUUUGUCACAGUCAAGGAAUUUGCUGAGGCAUUCCAGUCAUUUCACAUUGGACGGAAAGUAGGAGAUGAGCUUGCGUCUCCAUACGACAAGACGAAAAGCCACCCAGCUGCUUUGACAACCAAAAAGUAUGGUGUUAAUAAGAAGGAACUGUUGGAUGCCAACAUGUCAAGGGAGUACUUGCUGAUGAAGAGGAACUCAUUUGUCUAUGUUUUCAAGCUCACCCAACUUACAAUAAUGGCAGUGAUUACAAUGACACUCUUCCUAAGAACCGAGAUGCACAAAAGUACAACAGAUGAUGGAAACAUUUAUGCGGGUGCUUUGUUCUUCACUGUUGUCAUGAUAAUGUUUAAUGGAAUGGCAGAACUUGCCAUGUCAAUUGCAAAACUUCCCGUCUUUUACAAGCAAAGAGACCUACUCUUCUAUCCUGCAUGGGCAUAUGCUCUUCCCACAUGGAUCCUCAAGAUCCCCAUCACAUUUAUUGAAGUUGGUGUUUGGGUGUUCAUGACUUAUUAUGUCAUAGGAUUUGAUCCAAAUGUGCAAAGGUUUUUUAGACAGUAUCUUCUCCUCUUGCUUGUUAAUCAGAUGGCAUCUGGAUUAUUUCGAUUCAUAGCAUCAGCUGGUAGAAACAUGAUUGUUGCAAACUCAUUUGGGGCAUUUGCUUUGCUUAUGUACUUGGCAUUGGGUGGUUUUAUCCUGUCACAUGAUCAAGUCAAGAAAUGGUGGAUUUGGGGUUACUGGUGUUCCCCUCUGAUGUAUGCACAGAACGCAAUAGUGGUAAAUGAAUUCCUUGGGAACAGUUGGAAGAAAAAUGUUACUAAUUCAACAGAAUCCCUUGGAGUCACAGUAUUGAACAAUCGUGGGUUCUUCACAGAGGCAUACUGGUACUGGAUAGGAGCUGGGGCACUGUUUGGGUUCAUGUUUCUCUUCAAUUUCUGUUACACUUUGUGCCUCAAUUUCCUAAAUCCAUUCGAUAAGGCUCAAGCUGUUAUAAUAGAAGAGUCUGACGAUGCCAAAACUGGAGGACAGAUUGAGUUGUCCCAGAGAAAUAGCUCUAUUGACCAAGCUGCAUCCACAGAGAGAGGAGAGGAAAUUGGGAGAAGCAUCUCAUCCACAUCCUCAGCUGUUAGGGAAGAAGGUGUUGCGGGGGCUAACCAUAACAAGAAGAAAGGAAUGGUUCUUCCUUUCCAACCAUAUUCUAUUACCUUCGAUGAUAUUAGAUACUCAGUUGACAUGCCAGAGGAGAUGAAAAGUCAAGGUGUCCUUGAAGACAAAUUGGAGCUUCUGAAGGGGGUGAGUGGUGCUUUCAGGCCUGGUGUUCUUACAGCUCUGAUGGGUGUUAGUGGUGCUGGUAAAACCACCCUCAUGGAUGUAUUGGCUGGUCGAAAAACUGGUGGAUAUAUUGAGGGCAACAUCACCAUUUCUGGCUACACAAAGAAGCAGGAGACUUUUGCUCGAAUUUCUGGAUACUGUGAGCAGAAUGACAUCCACUCUCCUCAUGUUACUGUCUAUGAGUCCUUGCUCUACUCAGCUUGGCUGCGGUUGCCUUCUGAUGUGAAAUCUGAAACCAGACAGAUGUUCAUUCAGGAAGUCAUGGAGCUUGUGGAACUGACCCCAUUGAGGGAUGCACUAGUUGGGUUGCCAGGUGUAAAUGGUCUCUCAACUGAGCAGCGCAAGAGGCUGACUAUUGCAGUUGAGCUUGUGGCAAAUCCCUCAAUAAUAUUCAUGGAUGAGCCAACUUCAGGGCUAGAUGCAAGAGCUGCUGCGAUUGUUAUGAGAACAGUCAGGAACACCGUGGAUACAGGAAGAACAGUUGUGUGCACCAUCCAUCAACCAAGUAUUGACAUCUUUGAAGCCUUUGAUGAGUUGCUCCUGCUGAAGCGAGGAGGACAAGAGAUAUAUGUGGGACCACUAGGCAGAUUUUCUUGCCAUCUGAUAAAUUAUUUUGAGGGAAUUGAAGGAGUGAGUAAAAUCAAAGAUGGUUAUAACCCUGCAACCUGGAUGCUGGAAGCGACCACCGCAGCACAAGAAGCAACUUUGGGGGUCGAUUUCACUGAAAUAUACAAAAAUUCGGACCUAUACAGGAGAAACAAAGAUUUAAUUAAAGAACUGAGCCAACCUCCCCCUGGUACAAAGGACCUCUAUUUCCCUACUCAAUACUCCCAGCCCUUCUACACCCAAUUUUUGGCAUGCUUAUGGAAACAGCGUUGGUCAUACUGGCGCAACCCACCAUACACGGCAGUGAGAUUUCUCUUCACAACUUUCAUAGCCUUGUUGUUUGGGACAAUGUUCUGGGAUCUGGGCACCAAAAGGGCAAAGCAACAAGAUCUGUUUAAUGCAAUGGGUUCUAUGUAUGCUGCUGUUCUCUUCCUUGGGAUUCAAAAUUCCCAAUCAGUGCAGCCAGUUGUGGUAGUUGAACGAACAGUCUUUUACAGAGAAAGAGCUGCAGGAAUGUAUUCAGCGCUGGCAUAUGCCUUUGCACAGGCUCUAGUUGAGAUACCAUAUAUCUUGGCACAAGCUGUGGUGUAUGGUGUUAUAGUUUAUGCAAUGAUUGGAUUUGAAUGGACAGCCGCUAAGUUCUUCUGGUAUCUGUUCUUCAUGUUCUUCACCUUACUAUACUUCACCUUUUAUGGCAUGAUGGCUGUGGCUGCCACACCAAAUCAAAAUAUCGCUUCCAUCAUUGCCGCAGCAUUUUAUGGAUUGUGGAACCUCUUUUCAGGUUUUAUAGUCCCACGAAAUAGAAUUCCGGUGUGGUGGAGAUGGUACUAUUGGAUAUGCCCAGUUUCAUGGACUUUGUAUGGAUUGGUUACAUCACAGUUUGGAGAUAUACAUGACACAUUUGAGGACACAGGUGUAACAGUGAUAGACUACUUGAAAGACUACUUUGGAUUCGAACAUGAUUUCCUAGGAGUGGUUGCAGCUGUGGUCGUUGGGUUUGUGGUGCUUUUCUUAUUUAUCUUUGCCUAUGCCAUUAAGUCAUUUAACUUCCAAAGGCGAUAAGAAGUCACGCAGAGCAAAAGUUCUUCAGAGACUCUUGGUUAAUGUAUAUGUGUGUAACCUUUUCAGUUCCACAUUUGAUUUUAAGAUGAAAAAAACUGGUUUCGUUCUAUGUAUAGGCUAUUAGAGAGUUUUCAUAGCCCUGCAAUGAGCAGGUAACAUCUAUCUUGUUAAAUUCUUGUUUUUUUUUUUUUUCUGCCAAUUUUAUGUAAUUUGAAAUUCAAGACUGAUACAACCUUGAGCAUUUCUUUCAUCCCCGA